CACAAACUUGCCGAACUCGGGCGCCACGGCGCCAGCUGUUGGCGCUGACCCGCUCAUUUCUUAUGGAGGAUGGCUGACUACUCUCUCGUGUACAGACACCAAGACCGUCAUCUCCCUUGAGUGGGGUGGAGGGAUGCAGACAGCCAGCUGUUUUCUCCUUUCCGUCUGUCGCGUGCCUAGCUGUGCUCCGUACUUCUUCCUCCCCCUCCUCACCGUCUCACCAGUCUGAACCACUUCUUCCCGCCCCGGUAACAAGACUUGAUCUGCGACCCCCACAAUGCCUUCACUCCGGGUCAAUUGGGGCAGGCUGACCCUGGGCCUCGUCCUGUGCGUCGCCAUAGCUCUUGUCCGAGCUGAGACCGGCAAGGAAGCUGCCUUGGACGACGUGACAUUGGGCCCGCCCCUGAGCUUGGAAGAGAUCGAGGACCAGCUCCAGGACUGCCCCGUCGUCCACACCCUCACCGCCCAGAAGCUCGCCCGCCUCUCGGGCAAGACCUCCCAGGUCGCCAGGCUCUUCUCCAUCCUCUUCCCAAGCAGCUCGCCCGCCAUCAAUGCCCUGCUGGCCACCCUCUACAUCUCCGGCCCGCCCAACUUCCUCCUCGCGCUAUGCCCGCCCAACAUCGACCCCUCCUCGCUCUCCAUCAUGGUGGCGUUCGCCGUCGGCGGCCUGAUGGGUGACACCCUCUUCCACCUGCUGCCCGAGAUCUUCCUGGGUGAGGACGACCCGGAGAAGGCCCGUUUCGUCCUGGUCGAGCCAAAUCGCAACCUGCUGCUCGGCGUCGCCAUCUUGGUCGGCUUCAUGACCUUCGUGGCGAUGGACAAGGGCCUCCGCAUCGCAACAGGGGGCGACGGCGGCCACGACCACGGCCACGGCCACAGCCACCCACACUCCCACGAGAACGGCAACGCCAGCGCAAAGUCCACCGCGGUCGAGAGCGCCGACGCCGCCGGGGCCAAGUCCCGGAAGAACAAGUCCAACGGCACGGCUACCGCGGGCGAGAAGGACGCGAGUGCGGCGGCGGCGCCGCCCGAGAAGGAGCUCAACCAGAGCGUCAAGCUCGGCGGCAUCCUUAACAUGAUAGCCGACUUCACGCACAACAUCACCGACGGGCUCGCCAUGUCCGCCUCCUUCUACGCCUCCCCGACCGUCGGCGCGACCACGACAAUGGCCGUCUUCUUCCACGAGAUCCCCCACGAGGUCGGCGACUUCGCGCUGCUCGUCCAGUCGGGCUUCAGCAAGAAGGCCGCCAUGGGCGCGCAGUUCAUCACCGCCGUCGGCGCCCUGCUCGGCACCUGCAUCGGCAUCGCCGUCCAGGAGCUCGGCGGCUCCGGCUCGUCCCAGGCCGAAGGGCCCCUGCCGCUGAACGGCGGCAUCUGGGGCACCAGCCUGACCUACGGAGACCUGCUUCUCCCCUUCACCGCGGGGACGUUCCUGUACGUCGGCACCGUCGCCGUGAUCCCCGAGCUGCUGGAGACGGGCAAGAACAGGCGGGAGGAGCUGGGCAAGAUGCUGAGCCAGUUCGCCGCCAUCGCCUUGGGGGCCGGGAUUAUGCUUUAUAUUUCGUGGCAUGAUUAGAUUGGGGAGCUGAUUCCUCUCCCCUUCUCGUUGGGUCCCGGGGGUGUUGAUAGAUGGGCGCCGGAAAAACUCAUUUAGAUGUAUAGAAUGUUCCGUGGUGGGAGAGCAAAAGCUGGUGAAAGCAGCUGCCAAACUAGAAACAUUCUUGGUGCUGACGAUAGACACCCGUGGCUCCUGAGGAAUAUGAUUACAUUUUUGGGAUGCGUGACAGUCAAAGAUAUCCAAUCAAGUAUGAUGAAUACACUAUUAUACAUA